AUGAAAUAUGGUAAAUAUCUUGCAUCAAGACAAUUAGAAUUACCAGAAUAUUCAGGUCAUUUUAUAGAUUAUAAAGCAUUAAAGAAAUUAAUAAAACAAUUAGCAUUACCAGCAAAUCAUAGCAAUCAAAGUUCAAUAAGUUUAUCAUCAUCAAACACAACAACAAAUGGAGAAAUCUUAAACUCCGAAAUCCAACAAUCAUUAAAAGAAAACAAAGCUACUUUCUUUUUCAGAGUUGAAAGAGAAUUAGAUAAAGUCAAUUCAUUUUAUUUAGAAAAACAAGCAAAUUUAUCAAUUAAUUUAAAUUUAUUAGUAUUGAAAAAGAAUGAAUUAUUUUCAAAAUCUUAUGAAUAUUUAAAUCAACAUCAUUUAAAUGAUGGUGGUAAUAGUAAUGGGAAAAUUCAAGUUGAUUCUUCAGUAAAUUCAAAUUUCAAAAAUUCAAUAUCUUUUUUAAAUUUAUAUCAAAAUUUCAAAAAAAUUCAUCAAGAUUUAAUAAGGUUACAACAAUUUAUAGAAUUAAAUGAAACUGGGUUUUCAAAAGUAGUUAAAAAAUGGGAUAAAAGAUCAAAAUCUCAUACAAAAGAAUUGUUUAUAAGUACUGCAGUCAGUGUACAACCUGUUUUUCAUAAAAACGAAAUUAAUGAAUUAAGUGAUUUAGUAACUCAAUCUUUAUUUGAUAUUGAAAGUAUAAUGGAUGGUGAUUAUUCGUGUUUGAAUAAUUAUAGUAAUUUAUCAUAUACUGGAAAUUUUAACAGCGAGGAUAGUAAUGUCAAUAAAAAUGAAUCAAAACUAGAAACAAGUCUGGACCAAGAGCAACAACAACCAUUAUUUAUAAGGCAGUCGUCAAUAUCUAGCAUACAAUUGAAUAAUAGUGAGGUUGAUGAACUAUAUUCUAGUUUUGUAAAUGUCGCUACAAUCAAAGAUCCAGAUUUAUCAUUAUUAGCUAGAUGGAUUGAUAAAGUAAAUGGAUCGCCAAAAUCUUCAAAAGAUUUGUUCAAUCCAGAAGUUAAAUAUAAAGUUUCAAAGAUUUUUUUGCUAUCAAUUUCCAACUUGAAGAUUUCAGAUUCGUUCCUUGAGUCUUUUUUGAAUGCCAUCAAUUAUGACAUAAAUUUCACAUUCGUCAAUGACGAUUUUAAUAAUAAUAAGACUGUAUUACAUGAAUGUUGUUUCAUACCACCUGCAUCAAAUCAUGAAAAUCAUGUUAUAAUUAAUAAUGGGGUAAAAGUCGUCAAUUCAAAUGAUUCAAUAAAUCAUUCGAGAACAUUUAUUGUUGAAUAUAUAAUGAAUAACUUAUCAAAAGAUGAAAUAAAGGCAUUGUUGAUACGAAAAGAUUUUAAUGGUAGAAAUUGUCUACAUUACGCAGCUCAAAAUAAUAGAGGUGAUUUAUUAGAUAGAAUACUUGAAUCAUUUCCUAAAGAUCAUAUAGAUGAAGUCGAUAAUGAAUCCAUGUCACCGUUGUUAUUAGCUAUAAAACAUGGUCAUUUAAAUAUAAUUAAGAAAUUAGUACAAUUUGGGGCAAAUCCUUUCCCAAGAACAAAUAAAGAAAUUCUUCAAUAUUUACCUAUAAAUUAUGCAUGUAAAUUUGGUGAUUAUAAAACUUUAGAAUAUUUAUUAUCAAAUGAACCAUCAACUGAAUUAGUUAAAAUUUUAGUAAAUCAACAAGACGUUGAAGGAUUAUUACCAUUACAUGUAGUAUCUCGUGCUGGUCAUUAUAAAUUAAUCAAGUUAUUAAUUCAAUAUGGUGCUGAAAUAAACAAAACUGAUGGCUUCAACAAAUGGACUCCGAUCUUUUAUGCAGCUGCUGAAGGUCAUGUAAAUACGACUCAAGAACUAAUCAAGUAUGGAGCUAAAUUAGAUAUUGUAGAUGAAGAUGGUUAUAAUGUAUUAUAUUAUUGUGUUGUUGAAGGUCAUAUAGGAGUUAUAAAUGAGUUAUUAAGUUAUCAUCAAAAGACAUUUGAUCAAGAAAAACUGAGUUUAGUCCAAGGCAUUAAUAUAGAUAGUGGGAAUUCAAUGGCUAUACUAGACACAAUUGGAGAUGAUGAUGAUUCAGAUGGUGGAUCAGUUGAUAAAAAUCAUGUUGAUAAUAUACCAGAUUUACAAUUACCACCACCAAUUUUACCAUUACGUCGUUAUGGUCAUAAUUUUUUGGAACAAAAAGUACUUAUUGAAUUAAUUUUCCCACAAGAUGAUCAAGCUUUUAUUAAUUUAUUUAAUUCAAUAACUGAUUUGAAACCAGGUAGAAUUACAUUAACUUCAAAUAUUUCUGAUAUCGUACCAAGAAAUAUUUUAUUACCAUUAGAAGAAAAAAGUAACAAUAACAAGUGUGUUUUUCAAACUGACGUUGAUUCAUUAAAUGAGUUCCGUAUAGAUUUUGAAAUAUUCCCAAAAUUUGGUACAAGAUUAAUAGCUAAAACCACUGCAUUAUCUUUUCAACAUAUUGAUACAACAUCACCAGAAAUUAGCUCAAUUGAAUUGCCAUUAUUUGACUUAAGAUUAAGAAAUAUUGGACAAUUAAAAUUUAAUUGUCAAAUAAUUUUUCCAUUUUCAGGUACUUUAUUAGAAACUUCGAAAUUUGAUACAUAUUGGAAAUCAUCAACAAGUUUUGUUAAAAAUAAUAAAACAUUAAAGUUAAAUGCUGCUGGAGGAUUAUCACCAAAUAAUUUCUUAUCGCCAAAUGCCAAUGCAGUAGUAAAUGCCAACAGUGUACUCACUCAACAAGUACAACCACAAUCAUCACAACAACCAUUACCUGAUUUAGCAUCUAAUUCAUCAUCAAUAGUUACAGCAACUUCAUUAUCUGGAGAAUAUUUAAGAAUUAAAGUUUGUUUAUUGAAUGAUGGAACUCCAGUAGUUUGUCCCCAUUGGUCAAUUGCAAUAACAGCAAAUAUUGAUUUAUAUUUACCAAAUUUAUCAUUACAACAAUUAACUUCUAUAACAGAUGAUUUAUUUGAUUAUUCAAAAGUUAUUAAUGAUUUAUCUAAAAUGACAGUAAAAGAUAUUGAUUAUAUUAAAAAAUUAUUAAGAAUAAUUUAUUUACCAUUAGACAUUGUAUUAGAUAUAUUAAGUCCUGAAAUUAAUUUAAAUUUAGAAUUAAUUUUCCCAUCAUUUUAUGAAUUAGAAAAAUUACCAUUCAUAAGUAAUAUUUCUAAAAAUUUGAAUAAUUUUAUUGAUUUUACAUUAAAUGAUGUUUUCAAUCAUAUUAAAAAUAAAUCAAAAAUAUCCAAAAAUUCAAGAUCAAUUAUAUUCUUAUCUUCAAAUUCAUUAAUUUGUAAAAUUUUGAAUUGGAAACAACCUAAUUUCCCGGUGUUUUUAAUAAUGAAUGGUAUAACAUUUAAUAAUAAGUUGAAAAAAUUCGAACAAAGAUCAACUAAUGGGUUAUUAAUACAUGAACAGCAAAAACAUCACCAAUCAUCCGGUUCAAAUAAGAAUAAUAAUGAGCCACCUACUACAUCAUUAAAUAAUUAUCAAGAAUUAAUCAUCAGAUCAAUAAAAGAAGCAGUCAAUUUCACAAUAAGUAAUAAUUUGUUUGGUUUAAUUACAUCAAUUCAUUUAUUAAAUUUAGUUCCUAAAUUAAUUCCUUUAAUAAGAUCAAGAGGUUUAAUUUUAGUAGCAUCAAGUGAUUUAUUGAAUGGUAAUAGUAAUUCUAAAAUUUACAAUAAUGAAGGAUCAUUAAAUGAUCAAAUUGAAGAAAAUGCAGAAGAUGAUGAAGAUGAAGAUGAAGAUGAAGAAGAAAAAUUGAAAAAAGAAUUACAUAGUUAUACUAAGACGGAAAUCAAUGGAUUAAGAUUUGAUGAUGUAUUGAGUUUUAAAGAGGACAUCACUAUGUAG